AUGGACCAGCUCCUGAAAGGUCAACUUUUUGUUGAAGGAUAUGCUGAGAAGCAGUUCUAUAGUUUUCUUGACUACAUCUCUAAUGGAUUUGAGCUUAGCUUUAUGAUGCAUUUGAACAUGCAAUGCCUAGCUUCUAAUGGAGAUCCUCGCAGUCCUGAUUCCUUGCACUAUAUUGAUCCUUCUGGCCGUUUGAAUGCUUACCAGAGGGCUAUUAUGGAGGUUGGAGAUGUCAUACAAUUCUAUGAUUCUGACAAGUGCUUUCCUACUUGUGGCUUUGGUGGCAGGGCAUAUGGUGGAACAGUAUCUUACUGUUUUAACUUAAGCUGGAAGCACGGUGCUGUUGAGGUAUUUGGCAUUAUGGCUGCUUAUGCUAGUGCUUUGCAGAAUUUUACUCUUUCUAGACCCACAUUAUUCGGGCAUGUAGUUAACAAGGCUGCAGAAAUUGCUGUCGAGUCCCUAAAAUACAAUCAGCAUAAAUAUUUUGUCCUCCUCAUUAUAACGGAUUGUGUCAUUACCGAUACGUUAGAAACUCAAGAUGCUCUGGUGAGGGCGUCAGACCUGCCACUUUCAAUUCUUAUUGUAGGAGUUGGCAAUGCAGAUUUUACACAGAUGGAGAUCCUUGAUACUGAUAAUGGACAUCGAUUAGAGAGUUCCACAGGAAGGGUAGUUACACGAGACAUUGUUCAAUUUGUUCCAAUGCAAGAAGUACAUAGCGGGCAAAUUUCAGUUGUUGAAGCUCUUUUAGAGGAACUACCUGGGCAGUUUCUUACAUACAUGCGCUGUAGGGAUAUUAGACCUCAUAACAUUUCUGCUCCAGGACCAUCCUAUGUGGUUUGA